UUUCUAUUUAAAUACAUAAUUUAAAUACUAUUGUUGAAUAUAUUUAUUCAAUUGUCGUGCAAUAUACAAUGUAACUAUUGAUAGAACUUAUAUUCUUCCUAUAAGAUACAUGACAAUGGGCAAGACAUACUAUUGCGACUAUUGUGACAGAUCUUUCAAGGAUGAAGUCGAUGCUCGUAAAAAGCAUCUAUCCAGCAUGCAGCACAUAACAAAUCGAGCUAGUCAUUACAACAUAUUUAAAGACCCAGAAACGAUAUUAAAAGAAGAAUCCUGCAAAACUCCAUGUAAACGUUACAUGACUGUUGGAGACUGCGCUUUUGGUUCUGGUUGUCGAUUCUCGCAUUAUACUCCACCAAUGAUAUGGGAACUUCAACAGCUCGCUGCAAUGAAAAACUCCAAAGUCUUAGCAGCUCAACCUAAGGAUGGUUGGCCAAAUUCAGAAGAUAUUAUCAAGGAAUAUUUUGAGAAUGUGAUCGACUCGAGUGGCACUGAGGAUUUCAAUUGUUUGGUGUGGAACACACCGUCAAAAUUAAUCGAUUAUCCUUAUUUACCACCGUCUUUGCAGCCCGUCACGUCGGAAAGAAUAAUGGAUUGCAAUUUUAGUAAAUGGGGUUGAAAGACUGAUUUAAAAAUAAACAUAUUUAUAUUAGUAUAAUCCUAUCGUGUUCGAAGUCUUGGAGUGAUGAUCUCAGAUUGUACACGUUUAUCUCGUCAAGCUUCAAACUAAAUGACGCGUCGCUAUCACGAAGAAUCCAUGCAACAUUGCUUGUUUUAUCAUCUAUAUAUAUUUCUUAGUUCAGUAAAGCCCUAAACACAAUGCGAGAGGGAAUAGCGAUAGCGAUAAGUUUCAACUUAUCAGAAAUCGAAUA